GCAGACCGUUGGGGCGAUUUGAACGCAGCAAUCAGGAGAGAGGAAAGCGCAUCCGGAAGUGGCGUGGGGGCGGCGCGGCUGUCGGAAGUUGGGCAGCAGCCGUGAGCCCGAACCGAUCGCUUCGAGUGGACGGCGACCACGGAGCUUCGCAUGCUGAGAAGAGAAAUGAAAACAAGAACCUCUCCUCUACUUCAUGUUCAUGUUGAUGAAACGACUCCUGUUCAUGUUCAUGUUAAGAAGAGUCCAAAACAAGUAAAGAAAGUCCAGCAGAAACUGAAAGGAGCACUGGAAUGUGGCAACUUGCGACCAACCAGCAAGGUAAAGACCAAGGUACCAUGGAUUCCACCAGGCAAAACAUCAGUAAGAGAAGUUGGCUACAAAUGGGAGGGUCCAACUCAUCGACUGGAUAUAACACCUGUUAACACUGAGAAAUUACACUCAACACUUCACCUGAGUGACCUCUCCACAGAUGAUGAGGAAGCUAUACAUGGGAAGAUGAAUCAAUAUGAGAAGAAAAUCAACUGUCUUAUGAAGCAAGUGGGAUCAUUAAAAAGUGAGGUUGAAUUGAGAAAGAAAAAUCAUUUGCUGGAACAACGAGAGGAAGAGCUAAAUCUAUCCAAGCGGUUGAUUGAAGAGAAAGAGGAGGAAUUAGCUGAAGUCACCAAGGAGCUAGUUCUUAUUGAGCAUAAGAAUGAGCUACUACAAAGGAACAUUGAAAUGAUGAAAGAGGAUCCAGAAAAUUCCUGCUCAGAAAAAAAGCACUGGCGAAAAGAUGACACCCUGUUGAAAAAGCUGAUUGAGGCUGAAAUGGAUGGAGCUGCUGCAGCCAAACAGGCUGCAUCUCUGCGCAAUACCAUCAGUAGGCUGGGCACAGAGAAGCAAAUGUCAACGUCAGAAUGCAACUUGUUAUCACGGCAGAAGGAAUUGCUGAUACAGAAAUUGGAGACCUUUGAAUCAUCAAAUCGAGCUGUUCGGGAACUACUUAAGGAACAGCAUGCACAGGAGACUGAUGCUUUGAGGCUGUUUGAUCUAAAAGAAGCCCUCCUUGAAAAACUAGCCCGGUCAGAAGCAGAAAAUGCGCACUUGUUAGUGAAGAUGCAGGAGAUUGAAAAUCAGACUGACCAGCUUCUUGCCCAGUAUCAAACAGAAAAAGACAAUGCUCGUGCAGCAGCAGAAUUUUCCAAAUCACUUGAAAGCACUCGAGCCCAUCUACAGGGACAGCUUCGCAGCAAAGAGGCAGAAAACAAUCGGUUGGCUGUUCAGAUUAGGAAUUUUGAGCGUACCAUUUCGCAACAGAAAGGUCAAUUGGACUACUUAACAGAGCAAUUAAGGUUGUUUCAAAAGAAAGGGGACAGAGACAAAGAGGCCUUGAAGAAAGCCACAAAGGCUCAGAAGCUGCGAGCUGAACGCAGUGAAGAUGCAGUUGAGCUGCUCAAUGCCCAGCUUGUUGACAAGGAGACACAGUUGGCAGAUGCGCUGUCAUCAGCUGAGACGUGGAGAAGUUGUCAUAACAAGGUGAUGAAAGAAAAGAGUCAAUUGGAGAUUGAGAUCUCAAUCUUGAACAACCGUAUUACAGAUCUACUGGAUCAAACUCAUCACAUGGAGGACAAGGCUCGAGGAGAUCUGGAGUCACUAAUGGACAGACUCCACAAGAUGUCUUCAGAAAGCACCUCCAUCAAACUGGAAAAUGAAACAAUGAAGGCAAAUAUGAAUGCAUUGGAAGAAAAAUUCACAUUUGCUCAGACUGAGAUGCAACAACUAAAAGUCUCGAUCAAACACUAUGAAGGGCUGGUGGAAAGUUACAAAUCUCAGGUGAUGAAGACACGGAUGGAGGCAGAUGAAUACAAUAUGAAGCUGGAGAAGGCAGAGAGGGAGAACAAGUUACUGAAAGAUGAGGUGAAUAAAGAAAUUGAGCAGGUGCGUAGACAAAUGCAGAAAAAACUGAGUGAUCUGGAACCUGUUCCUGAGUUGUUGAAGUUAACUGAACAUAAACUACAGGAUUGCCAGCAGCAGCUAGUCAUGUAUGAGAAGAAAAAUGUAGAUCAGUCCUCCAUUAUAUGUGAUCUCAGGAUGGAGAUUGAGGAACUAGGUGGAAGGACGAGAGAGAAGUAUCACAGUAUGCAAGAAGAAAAUCAUAAUUUAAAGCUGAAAUUGGAAACUUUAGAAAGGAAACUGGAAGAUGUCAAUACACAUAAUCGGGAGCUGACACUGGUUGUAGCACAACGGGAGGAGACAAUUCACCAAAAUCAGCAACGACUGGAGGAGAAGUCCCGUGAAUGCACCAGCCUAGCUCGACAGCUGGAAACCGCCAUUGAAGAUGCCAGGCGCCAGGUGGACCAAACCAGGGAGAGAGCUUCAUCAAAGGAGCGGACUGCACAGAGCAAAAUACUGGACCUUGAAGCUCAGCUGAGCAGAACAAAAACAGAAUUGACUCAACUACGGCGGAGCAAAGAUGAUGCUGAGAGGCGUUUCCAGAGCCGCUUAGAAGAUUUAAAGGAUCGUCUGGAACAGUCUGAAUGCACCAACCGCAGCAUGCAUAAUUAUGUCCAGUUCCUAAAAUCCUCGUAUGCCAAUGUGUUUGGUGAAACUGCACUAACGAGUUCUCCAGUUUAAAUAUGAUAACCUGUGAAGAUGACUGUGAUGUCAAAAAAUCUUGCUGAAUUGUGCUUUUCUGAGAGUACACAUAUCCAAACUAUACCAAAAGGACACUAUAUACAGCAUGGAAGAGAAAUCACCCUGACCCUGUUAACUCUGUAGUCAAAUCAAUCUUAAAGAAUAAUUUAAGAACAGGUUCCCAGACUUGUAUGGGACUAGAUUUGUGAAUUAAUCUGGAGCAGGCUGAGUUACCAGUCAGUUUAUUUGUAACUGAAGAUGUCAAAAUGUUUUGGAAUCCUCACUUGUUUCCUGACUGGUAAAUUAGUGAACAUAAGGAUAAUAGUAUCUCUUGCCUUGUGUUUAUUCUUUAAGAUCCAAUCAUUUUGAUUUGCAACAUACUUGCACAGAGGAAUUGCACUGCUGUAACAACCUUCCUUUCACUGAUCAAGUGAGUUUCUCAGCAGCUUUCAUAGAUGUGCUGCUGAAAGAAGGACUAGAAUAUUGUGAGGAGGAAUGAUUCUUAAUUCUUUGGCAUGUUCUAUAUCUGUUCCUCACUCUUUAACAUAUUGCUCUGGAAUCUUAUUACCCAGGUCCCUUUGAUUUGUUCCUUUGUCAUUUUAAACAUUUAUGCUCCUCAACUCAAAUCAUUGCCUGGAUGGUAUAUAAUCUGACUUGACUGCAACUAUAUUGGCAGUCUUCUUCCACAUCAUAUGAACUGAAGCAGUUCCUUAGGCUGUUGUUAAUGCAAACAGGGCCAUCCGCUCCUCAGAAAAACCUUAUUCAAUUUGCUGAAAUAAUAAAUUAAGAUGCACUGAAACAUUGCUAAUUAUUGCAACUUAAAAUGUUCCCAUAAUUAUUUUCUUUGAAAAAGUAAUAUUAAUUUCUGAUAGUUUAUAAAUCACUUGGCUAUGUUUUGACAAAGCUUUUAUCUGUUCAUGUUAUACCAUAAUAUGGAAAUCAGUCAGUGCAACAUGAACUUUGAUUAGUUUUUGGCCAACUGUUAGAAUUAUAACAAAUUAGUCCUGAGCCUCUCUGUCAAACAUUUUAUUCCUUUUUAAUUUAACAAAAAUCAUAAAGCAGAUUUGCUGUGCAUUGAUCUGUGUUAUAUUUGGCCCAGGAUUAGUUGAUGUAGAGGCUGUAUAGUUUGUUCUGUACCUCAAUGCCAAUAUAUCUCAUUUUGAUAAAACGACGGUACAAACAACCUGACUUUUAAGUCAAGUUCUGCUAUUAAUCAACUUCAAGGCCCUUGAUUUAAAUUUUUUGGAUCCAUUUCAGUGCUAAAAAAGCGCCUGAAGUUAUAGAUCAUAUCAACUGUGCUGGUUCAAAGCUACAGUCUCUUCCUAUCAGUCUUUACCUUGCUAGCAUGCUCUCUCUUGCUCUUUCUCCAAUUUUUGGUUCUUGGCUCUUAAAGCUUGGGCUUGGUAUUAUGCUCAAAUGUUGUGGAAUUUGGCUGAAGGAUUAUCUGCACCCAAGCCUUUUGUGUGAUCUAUCUGAGAACUGUCCUUUUAGUAAUGGUGCAGGUUUUCCAUGCCAAAAUCCGAAAUGUUCUCGAAGGCCAAUUCAGCCACAAAAGUGUCUUUCUUUUAGUUAUGCAGAGCAGCUUAGGAAAUGCUGUUUCUUUUUUUUAAAAAAAAGGUCAUAUUGCUGAUUGUUUAAGCCUUGAUUACACUGAGUGGAUUGUUUAUUGUGUGCAGUCAAAAUAAUUGAAGUGAAGAGUGAAUUUUUUUUCUAGUUAUAAAGGAAUUCAUUUGUCUAAUAAGUCAGACAUUAUGUGACAAUUCUCCAUUCUCAGCUUAAAAGUAAUAUUUCCAUCUGAAUAUCAAGAGUAUUAAAUAUAGAAGUGAAUUGUAAAAGUAGGUGUGGUUCAGAACUUGAUGUUAUGUUACACAAAUAAGAUUUUUUUUUGUUCUCGUUAUUUCUCUCAGUGCUUUGUAUUCUAGAAACACUUAACAAGAAUCAGUCUGACACUCCCCAUUCUUUUAAUAGAUGAAGGUCUGGAAGCAAGUGCCAAAUUCUCCCUACACAUUAUUGAGGUAUAGCAUUGCACCAGGUGCUUUGGAAGGCAAAAUUCCCCAUAGUGCUAUUUCUUUGUCUAUUAUAAGAUAUGUUACAUUAUUAUGAAGUAAAAUACCAUCUGUUAAAAUGGCAAACUGAGAACUGUAAUUCAUUCUAGUUAACUGUUCUUGUCCUCUCACAGACAAAAUAUUUUGUGGUUGUAAAUCCAUCUUGAGAAAUUCCAAUUUCUCUUUAAAAAAAAAAUUAACCAUCCAUGGAUUGGGCUGAAUGCUUUACCUCAGCAGGCUGAUUUUACAAGUUCUGAGUAAUUUACCCUUUCAGUUUACAAUUUUAUAAACAUCUAAGAUCAUUUUUCAGACCUUUGCAGCUUGCAAAUGUAUUUCCUUGUAACUCAGACCCCUUUACAAUGGAUUGGUAUAAGAUAGAAUUUUGUAAGUUCAACAUGUAAAUAGACUAUUCACCAACAAUAGACAUGUGUCUUUGUUUAUGCUUCACUUGACCUUUGUCUUUCAUCUCAUCCUACAUCCAACUGUAUCUUGUUAAAGGCUAACAAAUAGUUAUCCUGCACUUUGACUUCUGACCGAACUUCAAGUGGUAAGUUAAGAAAUUGAGGCAUUUUCCACAGAUUUUAUAUUCAUUUUGCAAUAUAUGCAGCAACAACAGUUGACCCAUUCACUCAAAGUCCCUACUAAAUGAUGAGGGAUUAAACCAUUCUUGGUCCCACAUACUCUGGUGCUUUAGUUAAACAUUUUGUAAAUCCCUUUAUAAAAUUUUUUUUUAAAUUUUCAGGAUAAAGUAUUGCUAAAAGUUGUAAAUAACAUUUUUAUACUUGAAUGUUUUUAAGUAAUUACGAAUGUUUAUAAUCAGUAUCCUAUUUUUAUAUGAACAUGUUAAUAAAAAUGCCCAUUUGUUUAAAAGUCAA